CCCGACCAACCCCACACCGCAACCUUAUCCUCUACUCAUCAAUCAUCCAAUUCCCUUUUCCUUCUCUAUCGCAGUAUCGCUCUCACAUCAGCAGCAGCAGAGCCUCAUAUCAUAUCAUAUGUUUUCUCUCUCCUUGUUUUCAUGUGACACCAACUGAUGUUAUAACAUCUGCCUUCUUAAGAAGAUUCAGUAAAAGAGCAAAAAUGUCGUCCAUGAUCUCCUGCCACCAUUUUGCCUCACCCAUUACCGCUACCACCCCAAAACUUGGAUUAACACCCACCAAUUGUUUUCGCCUCUUAAAGACCAAUACUCUCAACAACUCUUCCUUCAGGCAACUGGGUAUUCGCUGUUCUUCCCAAAUCCCGCCACAGUCUCACCUCCACAAUGAACAGAAAGGGAAAAAAUUCUCCUUGAAGGAAUGUGCAAUUACUGUAGCUUUAGCGGUUGGAUUGAUGACCGGAGUUCCUGCAUUGGGUUGGUCAGGCAAUGCCUACGCUGCUAACCAGGCAUUUUCUGAUGUUUCUGUAUUAAUCUCUGGUCCACCUAUAAAGGAUCCAGGGGCAUUGCUGAGAUAUGCUCUGCCUAUUAAUAACAAAGCAAUUAGGGAAGUACAGAAGCCACUUGAAGAUAUAACCGAAAGUCUCAAGGUUUCCGGAGUCAAAGCACUUGAUUCCGUUGAGAGGAAUGUGAGGCAGGCUUCUCGGUCCCUCAAGCAGGGGAAGAAUUUGAUUGUAUCGGGAUUAGCUGAAUCAAAGAAGCAACAUGGAAUUGAACUUCUUGACAAGCUAGAAACCGGAAUUGAAGAGCUCCAACAGAUUGCAGAGAAUAGGGAGAGGGACGCAGUGGCGCCAAAACAGAAGGAGCUACUUCAAUAUGUUAGCGGUGUUGAAGAGGAUAUGGUGGACGGCUUCCCCUAUGAGGUGCCCGAAGAAUACCAAAACCUGCCACUAUUGAAGGGGAGAGCAACUGUGGAUAUGAAGGUCAAGGUUAAGGACAAUCCUAAUCUAGAUGAGUGUGUCUUCCGUAUAGUUCUAGAUGGUUAUAAUGCACCUGUUACUGCUGGGAAUUUCAUAGACUUGGUGCAAAGACGCUUUUAUAAUGGCAUGGAAAUCCAAAGAGCUGAUGGUUUUGUGGUUCAAACUGGCGAUCCUGAAGGUCCUGCGGAGGGUUUUAUUGAUCCCAGUACCGAGAAGACCAGGACAAUACCAUUAGAAAUCAUGGUGGAAGGGGAGAAAGUACCUUUCUAUGGAGAAACUCUGGAAGAGCUUGGUCUAUACAAGGCUCAAACAAAGCUUCCGUUUAAUGCAUUUGGAACAAUGGCCAUGGCUAGAGAAGAAUUUGAGAACAAUUCUGCCUCUAGCCAGGUAUUUUGGCUACUGAAAGAGAGUGAACUAACUCCCAGUAAUGCCAACAUAUUGGAUGGACGGUACGCUGUGUUUGGUUAUGUGACAGAAAACGAAGAUUUGUUAGCAGAUCUUAAGGUUGGUGAUGUGAUAGAAUCAAUCCAAGUGGUAUCUGGCCUGGAUAAUCUAGUCAAUCCUAGCUAUAAGAUUGCUGGCUAGAUAGCUUUCUUUUCUUAACUCUUUUCGUACGAACAUUACGUAUAAGAGUUAUACUUUGGAGGGUUUUGUGCUUUUAUGCGGUUCGAGUUCUAAGUUUGUUCUUGGUCGUCAUCAGCAUCACCAUCAUGAUGCUUUCGAGAGAACUAUAACAUUCCAUUGUACUGACAUUGAAAUAUCAGAUUCAUUUGUAUUAAUAACAUUCUUGUAUUCCCACGAUAUGAGCCCUGCUAUUCGUUAUUU